AUGUACUCCAAUUCAAACUCGUAUCUGGGCGGCAACACCCUGCGACCCGGGCCUCAGCAGUAUGGCAGCUCCUUCGGCAUGGGCCAGCAGCAGCCCCAACAGCAGCAGGGACAGCCGGGACAGCAACAGAGCCCAUUCGCGCCCCAGCCGACGGGCUUCGGCCAGUCUCCCUUGAGCCAGCAGUACACGGGCUUCCCGGGCCAGCAGGGCAUGAUGCAGCCGCAGGCCACCGGAAUGCCUCAACAGCAGGGCAUGAUGCAAUCGCAGCCCACGGGCAUGCCUCAGCAGCAGCCGGGCCAGCAGGGCCUACAGCCGCAGUACACCGGCUUCCCAGGCCAGCCGCAACCCCAGCAGAGCUUCCAGACCGGUGCGCCGCCGAUGCCACAGAUUCCCCAGCAGUACCAGCAGCAGUUCAACCAGCAGCAGCAGCAACAGCAGCAACAGCAGCAGCAGCAGCCCCAGAACAGCUUCUCCCCGGGGGGCCAGGCGCCGCCGACCAUCCCGCCCCCUCCGGCCAAGCCCAUGGCCGCCCAACCGACCGGCUUCAGUGCCAUGGCCGCAUCGUUCAAGACGGGCGGCGCCCAGGCCCAGCCCACGGGGCGCCGAGCCGAGAAGAAGCCGGCCAACAAGAUCCCCAACAUCCGUCUGUCGUUCAUCACGGCACAGGACCAGUCCAAGUUCGAGACCCUCUUCAAGUCGGCUGUCGGCGACGGCCAGACCACAAUGUCUGGAGAAAAAGCUAGGGAUCUGCUCAUGAGGUCCAGACUGGAUGGUGAUGCCCUGUCACACAUUUGGACCCUUGCAGACACGACGCGAUCAGGAGAGCUGCAUUUCCCCGAGUUUGCUCUGGCCAUGUACCUGUGCAAUCUGAAGCUUGUCGGGAAGACCUUGCCUCCGAACUUGCCCGACAACAUCAAGAACGAGGUGUCGAGCAUGGUGGACAUAAUCAACUUCAGUAUCGCCGACGAUGCCGCUGCCUCUGGGCCUAGCGCAACCAACGCGCCGGACUUUACUGGGCAGAACACGGCCAACACGCCGACUAUCCAGCAGCCCCAGCCGCAGCACUCGAACUCGCAGCUCCUGAGUGCGCAGAUGACGGGAUACCCCGGCCCACAACUCGGUUCCCAGCCCACUGGGUUCCCGGGCCAGAACCAGGGCAUGCAGUCGCAGCAAACCGGCUUCCCUGGGAUGAACAACCCGCAAGCCACUGGGUAUAAUGGUCCGCGGCCACCAAUGCCUCCUAUGCCCACCGGCUUUGCGGGUGGUCUGGGUGCUCCGGCAGCUCCCCUGAACGCACAGCCAACCGGCAGGCCGGGGCAGUGGGGGUUGGUCAACGCACCGGCCAGCGGCUUGCCCAAUAUUGACGCCCUGCAAGCUCGUAUGAUGCCCCAGCAAGGCCGCGAGCAGCAGGACUACACCACUGCCGGCUUGUCAGGAAAUGCUGUUAUUCCCUGGGCCAUUACGAAGGACGAGAAGAAGCGUUACGACGAAUUGUUCCGCGCAUGGGACGGCCUGCACAAGGGUUACAUCGGAGGCGACCAAGCUAUCGAAAUCAUGGGGCAGAGUGGUUUGGACAAGCCUGACCUGGAGAGAAUCUGGACUCUCGCGGAUAAUGGGAACAAGGGCCGCCUUGACCUCGACGAGUUCGCCGUCGGCAUGCAUCUUAUCUACAGAAAACUUAACGGCUACCCCAUCCCCCACCAGCUUCCCGCCGAGUUGGUACCUCCGUCUACGCGAAACUUCAACAGCGCUUUGGGCACAAUGAAGGGAAUGCUGAACCAGGAAGCCGAAUAUCGAAAGUCUUCCGGCGCUUCAUUGUUGCCUCAGAAGACCGGAGUGAGCUAUCUCAAGAGUCACUCGCUACGUGGCGGGCCUGCCGGUGGGCGGAAGGAUGCCACAGUGUUCAAGAACAAUGACGACGAUGUCGGCUAUAAAUCCAGUGCUCGCCGCAGGAUGGCUGCAGGAUCUCCACGGCCUGAGUCGCCCGCCUCGGUGGCGUCCAAUGACGAUCUAACCCUCGAUCAGCUACGGAAAAAGAUUCGAGAAAAGCAAGUUCUCCUGGAUGCUAUGGACUUCAAGGACGAGUCUGCGCUGGAAGAGGACGACAUCCUGGACAGAAGAGACCGACGCGAAGCUGAAGAGCUGUAUCGCAGAAUCCGACGCAUCCAAGAAGAUAUCGAUGGUCAUCCCGAUGCUGCCUUGGCAAGCGGCGAUUCGGAGGCUGAGAAGAGAUCGCUCAACCGCCAGCUCCAGAACCUGACCGACAAGAUCCCUCAGGUCGCAUCCGAGGUUCGCCGGGUUGAGAAGGCCAUCGCUGAUGCGAAACUCGAACUUUUCCGUCUCAAGGAUGCCAAGGCUCACCCAGGAAGUGCCUCCAACAUUGUCGGAACUGGUCCUGGCGGUUCCAUCACCGAGUCGGACCGUCUCAAGGCUAGGGCCAAGGCUAUGAUGCAGCAGCGUACGGCUGCUCUCACUGGCAAGAAGAUCGAUGUUGGCACCGAAGAUCUGGAUGCGCCUAAGCGAUUGGAGGAGGAGAACAUCAAGGUCAGAAACGAGAAAGAGAACAAUGAACGCAUGGUACGCGACGUAGAGGACAGCGUCGGCGAAUUUGCCCGUGGCAUCGAGGACACCCUCAAAGAAGGGACCAAGACUUCUGCCAACGAACACGAGAAGCGCCGUUGGGAAGAUGCUUUGGGUGUUGAAGAUGAGGUGCGAGACUUCAUCUUCGACCUGCAACGCUCCAGCCGUGCUGCUCGCAUCCGCACUCAGGACCGCAGCGGAGGUCGACAGGCCACUGCUGAACCAGUCAAGGCCGAGGCUCCUCCCCGAUUCGACAGCCCGAGCUCAACGUCUCGUACUGCUACGCCCCCGGCUGCAUCUGCUGCCGGUGGUGGGUCUUACUCGUCAUACAAGACACCAGAGGAGCGUGCUGCCUUCAUUAAGCAACAAGCUGAGCAGCGCAUGGCCGAGCGUCUUGCUGCUCUUGGAAUCAAGGCUCCUACGAAGUCCGGCGAGACUGCAGCCCAGCGUAUGGAGCGCGAGAAAGCCGAGCGUGCUGCUAAGCUCCGCCAGGCAGAGGAGGAGGAUGCUCGCCGUGAGAGCGAGCGACAGGCCAGGAUCGCCGAGGAGCAGGGUGUUGCUCCACCGGCACCCAAGACUGAGAACAAGAAGCCACCGCCCCCGCCUUCAAGAAAGGGCAAGGCCGAUGAUGGUGCCGCAAGACAGGCUGCCGAGGACGAGACCGCCAAGAAGGCCGAGCACGAUCGUCUUGAGAAAGAACAGGAAGAGGAAAGAAAAGCUACCCAGGAGCUAGAGGCACAAGCAAGAGAGCAAGAAGAUGAGCUCGCAAAGGAGCGCAACGCCGCUUCGGAUCGUCUCAAGGCCCUCGAGGAGCAGGUCCGCCAAGGCAAGAUCAAGAAGGAGGAAGAGAAGAAGAGAAAGAAGGCUGCUAUGGCAGAGGCCAAGGAGAAGGAGGCCAAGCUAGCGGCACAACGGGCUGAGAUUGAAGCCGCACGCCAGCGCGAGCUGGAACUCCAGCGCCAGCUUGAAGCCAUGGAAGGCGAAGACUCCUCUUCAGAUGACGACGAGGGCCCUCAACAGAUUACACCCCAGGCCUCCACACCUACCCACGGUGGCAGCCAGUUGGGCAGCCAGGAGUUGGAGCGCAAGGCCUCGCCACCUCCGGCGUCUCCCGUGCCUACCGUUGUGACUAGCCCGCCCGCCCCUGAGGCCGAAAGCCGCAACCCCUAUUUCCGCAUGAUGUCUUCGGACUCGACCGCAUCCGGGGCUACACCCUCGACUUCGGUCGCCUCGCCGCCUGCUCCUCCCGCAGCGCAGCCCGAGGUCUCCACCAACCCUUUCCACCGGAUGACACAGGACAAGGCCGCGGCUCCUGCCGCCCCUGCCGCCCCUGUCAUGCCCCAGCCAACUGGUAACUUCUCCCGCAAGCGUCCCGACACCGACGAUGAGUGGGGUUCGGAUAACGAGGAAGAAGAAGACUCGGACGACGACCGCCCUGCCGCUGGCGCCGCCCAGCUGGCCUCCCUCCUCUUUGGUUCCAUGGGCCCUCCCCGGCCGCUGUCUGCUGCCGGAAACAAGUCCGAGACUGCCUCGCCUGCCGCCCAGUCCCCAGCGUUCGCACCCCCUCCGGCAAGCCCGCCCCCGUCGGCCCCGGCUGGAGACGCCCCUGGUGCACCUCCGCCGCCCCCGCCACCCAUGCCGGAGUCGAGCCCCUCGGCUCCCCCUCCCCCUCCUCCCAUGCCCCCGACCGGCGCUCCGGCUGCUCCGCCGCCGCCGCCUCCCAUUCCCGGCAUGGCUCCUCCGCCUCCACCUCCGCCGCCACCCGCCGGCGAUGUGCCAGCUCCGCCAUCCGGCGGCGGCCGGCCGUCCGGGUUCCUGGGUGAGAUCCAGAUGGGCAAGUCGCUCAAGAAGACGGUCACGAAGGACAGGAGCGUCUCGGCCACCGCCGGGCGCGUUCUGGACUAA